AUGUGUUCUCAAACCAAUUUGUAUUUGCGCUUCCAUCUCAAUAUUGUGCCCCAGAGCAAUCAUGGUUAUUCGUGUGAAAGGAGCUCUAAUCCCGAUAAUAUUAUGCAGGUAUACUUCGCGGUUACCAUAGUAACGAUGGGGCAUUUUAUCGACGUCGAACAUCGCUACCUAUCCGGCCAAAUGACGGAACCCGAGUCAGAGAGUUUCCUCGAACCGGACAAAAUUACGCCUAUAACUGUCUCCUUAAACAUAACACUACUAGCCUGUAGCAGUCUGGGUCUCAUAUCUUGUGUUAUACUCAUUGUUGGAGUGUAUAAGGACAUAAAGUUCAUGCUCCUACCUUGGAUCGUGUCUAUGGGCCUGGAAACUCUCGUCGAACUGAUAAACGUGUGCUACCUUUUUUACUUGCAAACUGUAAGUAUUGAAGAAGUAAGUACCUAUUCAGUUUGA